AUGCUCGUCAAGGACCAGCCUCCAGAGGAGCCCACGUCGCGUCCUCUCGACGAACCAGGCCCAUCGGCUGCACCCCCUCCGACGUUUGAGGAGAGCGCAGGACACAUCCUUAUUGACUUCGAUCAGACAGACGCCGUCAUCCCUGGCGGUGGCGAGGACCCUCCUCCUGUCUUCACUCCGUACACCGCCGAAUUCUUUGUCUCAAACGACGGCGCCAUCAUCACACACGACCCGCAUCUCAACGAGGAUGGCGAAGCGCUAUACCGCUUUCUGCUUACCAUGUCGCUCACCUAUCCGACGUACGCAUUGCACUGCAAGGGUACCCAUGUCGAGCACCGCACGCGUCUGGUGAGCACCACGGACAGCAAUGGACAUCGGCAGACCAAAACCGAGCGCUACACUGAGACGAUCACCGACUUUGACUUCUCUAUCGACGUGGCUCAAACCAUCGCGUCCAAACCCACGCAAUGGACUGUUGGCGACGAAGAACCGGCAUAUCGUGGUCGGAUGGUCCGCGAAGUCGGCAUCCCUGGCUUCACUCGCAAAGCGUUGCACGACGAGAUUAAGGAGGCCAAGUCUUGGCGCGUCGAGCGCAGUGCCCAAGGUCUUCCACCUUGGAUCACCAGAGGCAAUGUGCGUCUGCCAACAGAGGGGAUGGAGAUGCCGCUCAUGCGCGACGUCACCAAAUCUUCGUGGACACUUCGUCAGUGGGCAGACGAUUACUGUGCAAGCUCGAAGUACCUCAAGGAAUUUAUUUACUACAAGGUUACCUAUGGCUGGAACGUCGAAUCCUUGACCGCUGCAGUCCGCUCCGCGAUCCUCUCAACGCACUACACCGGCGACAUCAGCAUUGAGUUCAAAUCGUCCAUGGAUCGCUUGAUUGUACGCCCCGACACGCGCCUCUCUCGCGCGCUCUCGAACCACUGGCUCAAGCUCCUCUUGAUGAUCACGCUCAUUUACCCCUUUAUUUGGCUCUUCCGCCGCUUUCACGCGCGGGGCGGCGGGCUUUGGGCCGUCGGAGGCGCCGCGUUUUCGCUGAAGAAAUGGGAGCCUGCGCAGGGCGGUGCUGGCAUUGCCGAGCUGCGUGCGAAGUACCCGAUGCAGAGAUACACCGAGACGAGCGAGGGGGUACAGAUACUCGCCGGCGCGCGCGAGGGCGAAUGGUUCCAGCGUUGGGAAGGCACGAUCCGGAGGGCGGUCGCGGCGAAAAAGGUCGACCAGGCGCCGAUGCGCGAGCCGGACGACGUUCCCGACUACAACAUCCAGGCCUUGGACGGAUAUUCCGGGUGACAGUGUUGGCGCUGAUCUGUCUUUUGCUAGGGUUUUGUUACCUGCAACGGCUCAUUUUUAUUGUACUCGAUACAUACACCGACUGUUUUUCGAGCAAGGUCAGCCACGGAGAAUAUGGUACUCACCGCUCAACAUUCAGACACACGUUGUUAUAUCAAUACGGUACUCACCACUCACCAUCUGGGGACGCGUUAUUAUGUUGAUGAACAGAAAUUCACG